UCUGCACUCGUCGUUGAACGGGAAGACUCUGCCAGCCUUCUCUAUACAUACAGAGGAUCUUACCAUUUUCUGACUUAGCCUACAUAUACAGACCAUGGACACCCACCCUUUUUCUAUAGAAAGCAUUCUGAAGAAGCCCUAUGCUAAGAAAGUCGAAGAAGAGACAAAAACGCAGCCUUCAAACUCCAACGAGGCGCUAUCAUUAGCUGUAAAGCUGGCUGAUGUCAUACUGGAAGCUCAACAAGAGACUACCCGCCGUACACCUCGACGCACGCGCACUGCCUUUACGCAUCAGCAGUUGGGAGUCCUGGAACAAUUUUUCAAUAAAACACAUUAUCCGGAUGUAGAAUUAAGGGAAGAACUUGCUGCAAAGACCAAUUUGCAAGAAGGCAGGAUUCAGGUUUGGUUUAAAAAUCGACGGGCUAAAUUUCGAAAGGAGAAAGGAAAAUUUACAUCAGAAAUGGGCCUUAGCAGUAAAAGCGAAGACGAGAUUAUUCAAAACAUAUCUCAGGUAAUACAAGCUCAAGAAGUACCAUGUUGUUUCCAGUGUAACAUGUCAUUGCCGCACUACUGCAUCUGUGGUGAUCCCGAGGAAGCCGUGAAAAAUUUCCACAGGAUUUCUUCUAGCAUGUUCUCUCCGUUUGCUACUCAUGCUCAUUUGGCGCACGUUAAUGGUCUUCAUUGCUGUCCGAAUGGCAGUCAUGAAGGAUUAAGUGCGGGGUAUUUGGCGAGGAUGAGGAAGAUGAAGAAGAGAAGAGACUGGAGCGUUGGGGAACGCUCCGCACUUUAUUCCUUGUGACUAAAAAAGUGAAAAGUCUUUAGAACGAAAACGUCGUUGAAGGAUUGUACGAGCGACCAAUAAGAGCCAAAGUCGUUUGCUGAUGACGUGACAUUAGAAUCUACGUCAAAACACCUUUCAAAAUCAACCAAGUAGGAAAUUCUUGUCCCUCCGGACUGAGCAAAUAUCUGGGAGAAGUGAAUGAAAGAUAGUAUAGUGUCCUGCAUGGAUCCGGUGUCGAUUUUAAACGAGAGAUUUGAGAAUUAAAAUGCUUUUAGUUCCUUUCCUUCAAUUUUUUUUUUUUUUUUACUUUAGGACCCAAACCUUACGAUUAUUGAAUACACCGCACACCGAUUACCAUUACACAGAAGCUUAGACCUCAGUUUUGAUGUUCAGAAUUUUCCAUCUUAACUCUGUAGAUCACCACGCCUUUAUUAAUCUUGUUAUAGUUUAAAGAUCUAAAGGUCCGAAUUCUGUCGGAAAAAGCUGGCUUUUUUGAAGUCCUCCUAUCGUACACGUUAGUAAUUUAAUCUUUGAAAAUACUGAUAACGGAAGAACACACGAGAACUAGAGAGUGAAACUGACCAUGAUUUAUGGCUUAGUAAGGCACAUAGCAUUGAGCUCUUCCGGUGUUAAUACUUUUAACCCGGUGUUAGAGAAAAGUUAUAUCACUCCCUAUAACCUAUCAUUAGGGCAUCAAUGGAUUUUUCCAUUUUUCACGACUUGACAAUUUAUGAAAUCGAUAUUCAUGGAAACUGAUCUAGUGCGAACAAAGGACAAUUUGAAUAACAGACAGAAGUGUUAUGGUG